GAGAGAGACAGACAGACAGACAAACAGAAAGAGACAGAAAGCGAGAGAGCGAGAGCGAGAGAGCUUAGGCUACUUCAAAACUUUGCGGUGCCCCUUUCUGCUCCUCUUGUCUUUCUUUCUCCUGAUAUCUUUUGAUGCUGCUUACACGUUAUUAGCACAGAAAAGGCAUUAGACUGGCUAGAGAGGGCACCACUUUCACCCCCAAUAAGUCUCUUUUCCGUUCUUCCUUUUUUUUUCUCCUUUUUUUUUGGUGGGAGGUGGGGGGCAUCGAAGGGGGGAGGUUUGCAAGGACAUCUCAGAGUGAUAGAUUGGGUGAAUUGAAGGCAUCUCUCUUUCUGCCAAGUCAGUCCGUUCUCUAAAGCCCCUCGUAGCCAGGCUAUAGGAUUUUAUUCUGGUUGCAGAAUAACUGGUGUGGCUUUGCAAAGGGGGGGGGGACAGAAGAGGGGGUAGGCAAAAAAAAAAAAGACUGAGAGGAGAGAGGAUACGUGAAUCGUCCAGUGCAAACUCUAUUGUUUGAAACUCACUUUAUAUCAGAAUUUGAAGAUGAAAACGGUACAAAAAUGGCCCUACUUCUGCAACUAUCCAGCCUAAUAAUGCCUUACUGAUGAAAAUUUUUACAACGUUAUCUUUCUUUUUUCAUUUUGGAUUGAAAAAAAAAUGAAUCCAGAGAGAGGAGAAAGUACAGGAUGUUGGAAACAAGCACCUGCUAAAAAGUGGAAUAUCUAAUAACUAAAUUUUCAGUAAAUAGCAAACAAAACUGUUAUGCUGCGAUUCUGGAGUGGUGAUAAUUCUCUAGCAAGUAGGUAGCCCUCCAACAACACAUCCAGUUUUUUCUAAAUUAUGGAAAUUUUGUGGAAGACGUUGACCUGGAUUUUGAGCCUCGUCAUGGCUUCAUCGGAAUUUCACAGUGACACCAGGCUUUCAUACCGCUCCCAAGAGGAAUUCCUGUCGUACCUUGAACACUACCAGCUCACCAUCCCAAUCAGGGUUGAUCAAAAUGGAGCUUUCCUCAGCUUUACUGUGAAAAAUGACAAACACUCAAGGAGAAGGAGGAGUACGGACCCUAUUGACCCACAGCAGGCAGGAUCUAAGUUAUUUUUUAAACUCUCAGCCUAUGGCAAGCACUUUCAUUUAAACUUGACUCUCAACACAGAUUUAGUGUCCAAACAUUUUACCGUGGAAUACUGGGGGAAAGAUGGGCCCCAGUGGAAGCAUGGUUUUUUAGACAACUGUCAUUACACAGGAUACUUACAAGAUCAACACAGCACAACUAAAGUGGCUAUGAGCAACUGCAUCGGGUUGCAUGGUGUUAUUGCUACAGAAGAUGAAGAGUAUUUUAUUGAGCCUUUAAGGAAUGCUACAGAAGAUUCUAAACACUUUAGUUAUGAAAAUGGCCACCCUCAUGUUGUUUACAAAAAGUCUACCCUUCAACAAAGGCAUCUAUAUGAUCACUCCCAUUGUGGUGUUUCAGAAGACCUCCCAAGAAGCAGCAAACCUUGGUGGUUGAAUGAUACUUCUGCUGGUCCAGCUUCCCUCCCAAUUAAUGACACUUUAAGUAGUCAUCUCAGACAGAAGAGAUCUGUCAGCACUGAGCGAUUUGUGGAGACUUUGGUGGUGGCAGACAAAAUGAUGGUGGGCUACCAUGGGCGCAAAGAUAUUGAACAUUACAUCUUGAGUGUAAUGAAUAUUGUUGCCAAACUUUACCGGGAUUCUAGCCUAGGAAACGUUGUGAAUAUCAUAGUUGCUCGUUUAAUUGUUCUCACGGAAGAUCAGCCAAACUUGGAGAUAAACCACCAUGCAGACAAGUCCCUCGAUAGCUUCUGUAAAUGGCAGAAAUCCAUUCUCUCCCACCAAAGUGAUGGAAACACCAUUCCAGAAAAUGGGAUUGCCCACCACGAUAAUGCGGUUCUUAUUACUAGAUAUGAUAUCUGCACUUAUAAAAACAAGCCCUGUGGAACAUUGGGCUUGGCCUCUGUGGCUGGAAUGUGUGAGCCUGAAAGGAGCUGCAGCAUUAAUGAAGACAUUGGCCUGGGCUCCGCUUUUACCAUUGCUCAUGAGAUUGGUCACAAUUUUGGGAUGAACCAUGAUGGAAUUGGAAAUUCUUGUGGGACCAAAGGUCAUGAAGCAGCAAAACUUAUGGCAGCUCACAUUACUGCAAAUACCAACCCUUUUUCCUGGUCUGCCUGCAGCAGGGACUACAUUACAAGCUUUCUAGAUUCAGGCCGUGGUACUUGCCUUGAUAAUGAGCCUCCCAAGCGUGACUUUCUUUAUCCAGCUGUGGCCCCAGGUCAGGUGUAUGAUGCUGAUGAGCAGUGUCGUUUCCAGUAUGGAGCAACAUCCCGCCAGUGUAAAUAUGGGGAAGUGUGUAGAGAGCUCUGGUGCCUCAGCAAAAGUAAUCGCUGUGUUACCAACAGUAUUCCGGCUGCAGAGGGUACUCUGUGCCAAACUGGGAGCAUUGAAAAAGGGUGGUGUUAUCAGGGAGAGUGUGUUCCUUUUGGCACUUGGCCCCAGAGCGUAGAUGGGGGCUGGGGUCCCUGGUCAAUAUGGGGAGAGUGCAGCAGGACCUGCGGGGGAGGCGUCUCCUCAUCCUUAAGACACUGUGACAGUCCAGCACCUUCAGGAGGUGGAAAAUAUUGCCUUGGGGAAAGGAAACGGUAUCGCUCCUGUAACACAGAUCCAUGCCCUUCGGGGGCCCGAGAUUUUCGAGAAAAGCAGUGUGCAGAUUUUGACAAUAUGCCUUUCCGGGGAAAAUAUUAUAACUGGAAGCCCUACACUGGAGGUGGGGUGAAGCCCUGUGCAUUAAAUUGCUUGGCUGAAGGUUACAAUUUUUACACGGAACGUGCCCCUGCAGUGAUAGACGGAACUCAGUGCAAUGCCGAUUCACUGGAUAUCUGUAUCAAUGGAGAAUGCAAGCAUGUAGGUUGUGAUAAUAUUUUGGGAUCUGAUGCUAGGGAAGACAGAUGUCGAGUCUGUGGAGGGGAUGGAAGCACAUGUGAUGCCAUUGAAGGGUUUUUCAAUGAUUCAUUGCCCAGAGGAGGCUACAUGGAAGUUGUACAUAUUCCAAGAGGUUCUGUCCACAUUGAAGUCAAAGAGAUGGCCAUGUCAAAAAACUACAUUGCUUUAAAAUCUGAAGGCGAUGACUACUAUAUUAAUGGUGCCUGGACUAUUGACUGGCCAAGGAAGUUUGAUGUUGCUGGAACAGCUUUCCAUUACAAGAGGCCAACUGAUGAACCAGAGUCACUGGAAGCCCUGGGUCCCACUUCAGAAAAUCUCAUCAUCAUGAUUCUACUUCAGGAACAGAAUUUGGGGAUUAGAUAUAAGUUCAACGUUCCUAUCACUCGCACGGGCAGUGGAGACAAUGAAGUUGGAUUUGCAUGGAAUCAUCAGCCUUGGUCAGAAUGUUCAGCUACUUGUGCUGGAGGUAUCCAGAAGCAAGAGGUGGUGUGUAAGAGGUUAGAUGACAACUCUAUUGUCCAGAACAAUUACUGUGACCCUGAUGGCAAACCACCAGAAAACCAGCGUGCUUGCAACACUGAACCUUGUCCACCUGAGUGGUUUAUUGGGGAUUGGUUGGAGUGCAGCAAGACCUGUGAUGGUGGAAUGCGCACGAGGACAGUGCUCUGUAUCAGGAAGAUUGGACCUUCCGAGGAGGAGACACUGGACUACAGUAGCUGUUUAACCCAUCGGCCCAUUGAAAAAGAGCCCUGCAACAACCAGUCUUGCCCCCCUCAGUGGGUUGCUUUGGACUGGUCAGAAUGCACUCCAAAAUGUGGUCCAGGAUUCAAGCACCGGAUUGUUCUAUGCAAGAGCAGUGACCUUUCCAAAACGUUUCCAGCUGCCCAUUGCCCAGAGGAAAGCAAACCUCCUGUCCGCAUCCGCUGCAGCUUGGGCCGCUGCCCUCCUCCUCGCUGGGUGACUGGAGACUGGGGCCAGUGUUCUGCUCAGUGUGGACUUGGACAGCAAAUGAGGACCAUUCAGUGCCUCUCCUACACGGGGCAAGCAUCCAGUGAUUGUCCAGAAGCACUCCGGCCUCCGUCGAUGCAGCAAUGUGAGAGCAAAUGUGACAGUACUCCCAUUUCCAAUACUGAAGAGUGCAAAGAUGUGAACAAAGUGGCCUAUUGCCCAUUGGUGUUGAAGUUCAAGUUCUGCAGUCGUGCAUACUUCCGACAGAUGUGUUGUAAGACGUGCCAAGGACACUGACCCACAGAGAGCAAGAGAGAGAGUGCGCCUUGUUAUUUCACCGUGGAGAUGUGUCCAUCAAAGAGAGCCACCCAGAGGAAGGAGAUGGACGUCCUUGCGAAUGCAUUACCCUGUGGAAAACGUAACCACUGGUCAGCCCCAGCUGACAGGAUUUCAAUAUUAUUUUAACUUCUGUGAAGUGGGAUUUAUUGAUCCAAAGUGCUGGACACAGUAUAAGGAGGGAAUGCCAGGUGGGAGAGAUCCAAACAACACAGAGAGCAUCAAUCACUUACUGUGGAACUGUUGUGUUCUUUCAAGAAAUAGCCCAUUUACCUCCUUGGACCAUUAAGAGAAUUUUUAUUAUGGACUUAGCAAUGACACUGAAUCCAUUUGUAUUUAAAACUGUUUAAAAUGUAGCUGUUAUGACUUGGUCUACCAUGGAAGUAAAGAAGAUUCAGAAAUCUGAAGUCAUAGCUUAAAAAUAUUUACUGUAUUUUAUCUCACUACAACAGCACCACAGUUUAAAUUAUAAAACCAGGCUUUGAAAUGUUAUUUAAGGAGCAAUUAUAAAUCAGAAGUAAAGAAAAUUUGUAUUAUUUUUCUUCAUUCCACCUCAUUUCCUUAGGAGUAAUUCCCCUUUUCUGAACACUGCUGUGAGCCAUUUAUAAAAUGCUAUUAAACAAAGUGACAAUGAGGGACAGAGUGGAAGGCAGUGCACCAGGUGCUGCGACUGGGCAUGAAAUACAAGUCUAUACAUUCAGUGCUAAAGGUAUGUAGCCAUCUUGCCACUGGACAAGCGAAGCUGAGAUUUCUGUUACUCUUUUAAGGGAAAAGCAUUUCAAUUCCAUAGAGAAGCCAGACUCAAGGUGCGAUGGAGACUGAGCUGCCAGGCCCUGGAUUGCCACUCUAUGGGCAGGAUGCCUGGCUUCCUAUUUUGGCUUCUCCACCUGACCAUUGUUUACAUCAGUAGCCACAGAACAGCUCAUUGCAUUGUUAGCCUCCAAUUGGACUUAGAAAGAAGAUAUGUACAAAAGAUAGCCUGGCUAUGUCAUAAUAAGACAGAUCUUUCUGUAAACUAUGUUGACAGUUCAGUGGGAUCCAGAUACCCCCUUCUUUGAUAUGGUAGAAGGGCAUUUAUUUAUAGGAGAGCAAGAGUGUGUGUGUGUGCGUGCAUGUGUGCACAUGUGCUCAUGUGCUCAUGCUUUGGGGUGUGUAUGGAUAGAGCACUGUGUACUUAAAGGUAAACCUGCCGUUUCUGUGAGCGUUAGAAAGGAUUGUAACCAAAGAAGAAAAAAAUUCAUGAGGACUGUCGGUCACUGUAACUUCAUUUCAUUACUCCUUUGAAGCAUGGGUUUCAGUUUGUUUAUGGCUACUCUGAAUUGUGAUUAAAUGUGAAACCCUGUUCCUUGGGCAAAUCCAAUUCUAGAAUUCAAUGAAUCUGAAAACACAAAGGCCAGCUCUUUUUCUUUCCUGUCCCCACUCCCCUGUCCUGCUCUACAAGAAACUCAACAAGGAGAUAAAGAAAGAGUAUGCUUAUUUACCAGAAUAUUUUGUACAUGAACACUUGCAUUUGGCAACAGGUACUUAAUGAAUGUGCUUUUGUAUCCCACUCUGCAGACCUUCAUUGUUGUAGCAGUGCGAUUACAUCAUGUGAAAGUCAACAAUACCUUGUGCUUAAGACUAAAAACCCAAAUGGCAUUUUUAGGAAGUUGUACUGGCAGUGAAAGAAAAUCUUAGAGCUCAACCCAACUCAUCCAUGUUAACCCAAACAGCAUGUCAGAUGCGUCCCACACACCCAGUAGGAACUAAUGGGAGUGAGUAGGGGCUGGCUCUCUCUCUGUCUCUGUCUCUCUGUCUCUCUGUCUCUCUCUCUCUCUCUCUCUCUCUCUCUCUCUCUCUC